AUGGGAUCCGAGCUCGGUGUUACCGCCGACUCAAAGUCGGAGCUCAAUACCUCGGCUGUGAGUAUCUUUUGGGUGACUUUCGGCUGCAUCUGGACCGCCAUCAUCGUCGCUGGUGCGAGUUAUCUCAUCGUCAACCGCAAUACCCCGACAAUUCGCAUCCGUGGUCUCUGGCUAUCGCUCGCUGCCGUUGCGUUUCUUCAUCUAUAUGCCUGGAGUGUUCAAUUCGGUCUGUUAAUUGGUGCUCUCAUGCCCGGAGAUGUCGAGUUCUGGAUCAUGGGAACCUAUCUGCCUUGCGGAAUUGCUCUGUUCCACGCUUCCAACAGUCGUUUCCUUCACGUCGCCAAGCUCCAGAAGAAGUUCAUUCAUCACGAUGGCCACAGUCGUCCUGAGGCACCGGCCCCGGCCCCGGCCAAGCGUGGCCUGCUCGCCAAGUUCCGCCGUCUCGACUAUACCGCCAAGACCGUGUGGCUCGUCAGCAUCGCCAUGGUCGUGCAGAUCUUCCUCACCAUUCUCAUGUACCUCAUUUCUCGCAAGUGGCACAGCUCCUGGGGAAUUCCUGGCACUGAGGUCACCGGUACUAUCAUGGAGCAAAAGUCCGAACAGGGUCGAGGCUGGGAGUGGUGGCCUAGUGUGGCCUGGCAAUUCUUCUGGUCUUGGGUCUUCGCCCCCUACAUCCUGUGGCAGUCUCGUAACAUCCACGACACCCAGGGUUGGCGUACUCAGACCAUUGGCUGCGCUAUUGCCAUGCUUCCUGCCACCCCUCUGUGGCUGAUUGGUCUUUACGUCGAUGCUAUGGCUCCCGUCAACGCCGUCUGGAUACCUCCUCAGUGGAUCGCCGUUUCCAUCUUCUUCAUUGAAUUCUUCACUGUUCUCCUUCCAUGCUGGGAGGUCAUGCGCGCCAGCACCCUUCGCCAGGAGACUCUCGACGCCAUCGCCCAGUGGGAACGCAAGAACAAGGUCGCUCCUCUGGAGUCCAAGUCUAUCGCCUCCGGUUCCACCUUCAUUGGUUCCAUCAUGUCUGGCUGGAAGUCAAUGAACGGUUCUGUCAAGACCAACAGUUCCAGCGACAGCAUCUUGACCAUGAGUGCCCUCGAGCACGUCCUCGAGCGCAAUCCUAUCCCUCUUUUGGAAUUCUCUGCCCUUCGCGAGUUCUCCGGUGAGAACAUUGCCUUCCUUAUCAGCAUUGCUCAAUGGAAGAACAGUAUUCCCGCGGCUGUCCGAGACGGUUCUGGUGACAACAACACCAAGGACAGCGUUCGCGACUGCUUCAACCACGCCCUGCACAUCUACGCCGAGUUCAUCAGUGUCCGCCACGCCGAGUUCCCCGUCAACAUCUCCCACCAAGACCUUCGCAAGCUUGAAAACAUCUUCGAGAAGCCUACACGCAUUCUGUACGGUGAGAAGCGUGACUCUGACGUCAUCACUCCUUUCGAGGGAGCCGACUACAACAUGGAGCCUCCUUCACCCACCUACUCUUCCGGGUCCGAGAAGGCCAUGAAUGUCUCUACCUCUACCAUCAAGGAGCGCGUCUACUACUGGGGUGAGAUUCCCGCGGACUUUGGUGCUUCCGUCUUCGACGAGUCGGAAGAGAGCAUCAAGUACCUCGUCCUCACCAACACAUGGCCCAAGUUCAUCAGGAACCACCGGACCUCCAUCGGCUCGGUUGAGACUCUCGAGGCUGGCAACGGCGUCGUCGAGAUGGCCGACCUUCACAACGAGAAAUGA